AUGUCAGUCGAAGAAAUAUUAGAAGAACCUGUUGAAAUAGAACAUGUAUCAAUUAAAGAAGAACCUGUUGAAAUAGAACAUGUAUUUAUUAAAGAAGAAAUAUUAGAAGAACCUGUUGAAAUUAAACAGGAAGAAAAUCAUUUAAAUGACUCAAUCACAGAAUAUGAAAAUAUUAAACUUGAACAACAAUUAAAUACAGAAAUUGUAAUAGAAGACGAAAUUUUGAAUGAAAAUAUCUUAGAACAUCAACAAACUGAUAUCGAAGACAAACAGUUAACAUGUGAAAUUUGUGACAAAAAAUUUACUGAAAGAAAUGAAAUAUUUAAAGAAACUGUUUAUGAAAUAGAACAUGUAUCAAUUAAAGAAGAAAUACCAGAAGAAACUGUUAAAAUAGAAAAUGUAUUUAUUAAAGAAGAAAUAUUAGAAGAACCUGUUAAAAUUAAAGAGGAAGAAAAUCAUUUGAAUGACUCAAUCACAGAAUAUGAAGAUAUUAAACUUGAACAACAAUUAAAUACAGAACUUAUAAUUAAAGACGAAAUUUUGAAUGAAAAUCUUUUAGAACAUCAACAAACUGAUAUCGAAGACAAACAUUUUUCAUGUAAAAUUUGUGGUAAAACGUUUAUUCUAAAAGAAGAUUUUUUUAAGCAUGAGUUCAUUCACACUCGGGGAAAAAGUUUAUCGUGUGAAAUUUGUAAUAAAACAUUUAGUGAUAGAAGUAAUUUAAUUAGACAUAAACGGAUUCAUACCGGACAAAAACCAUUUACAUGUGAGGUUUGUGAAAAAAAAUUUAAUCAGAAAAGUGAUUUAAACCUACAUAAACGAAUGCAUACUGGAGAAAAACCAUUUAAUUGUGAAGUUUGUGAUAAGAAAUUUACACGGAAAAGAGGUUUACUUAUCCAUAAACUCAUUCAUACGGGAGAAAAACCAUUAACAUGUGAAUUUUGUGAGAAAAUUUUUUUCCAGAUACAAGCUUUAAAUAGACAUUUAAAAAUACAUACUGGAGAAAAACGAACUAUUUGUGAAGUUUCUGAUAAGGAAUUUACUUGUGACGUUUGUGAUAAGAAAUUUACUCAGAAAUCUAGUUUAAUUCAACAUAAACUACUUCAUAGUGGAGACAAAAAGUUUUCAUGUGAGUUUUGUGACAAAAAAUUUUCCCAGAUGCAACAUUUAAAUAGACAUCGAAGAAUACAUACAGGAGAAAAACCAUAUUCUUGUGAGUUUUGUGAUAAAAAAUUUACUGAUCAUAGCAAUUUAGUUGUUCAUGAACGACUUCAUAAAGGAGAAAAACCUUUUUCUUGUGAAGUUUGUGAUAAAAAAUUUAGUCAAAAAAUCAAUUUAACUUUACAUAAAGGUAUUCAUUUUUGUGAAAAACCUUUGAAUGUGAAAUCUGAAACUGUUAGUGAACAAUUUCCUUGUGAUAUUUGUAAAAAAAUAUUUUAUCAGCAACAGAAUUUAUCUAAACAUAAAAGGAUUCAUAUUGGCGAAAAUCCAUUUACAUGUGAAGAUGCUGAACCAGUACUUUGA